AUGGCUCAGUCAGAAGAUGAAUCAAAAGAUGGCGAUGCCUUGGAGGCGCAUGCAAAGAGGGGGGGCGACUCCCCAGAUGAUUUGGUGAUGUUUAAACGCAGGCGGGCGGUGGGUUCACCGCUGCCAGAAGAAGCUGGCAGUGUGCAGCCGCCGCAAGAGGAAGAAGCAGCAGGAGGUGCUGCUGCAUUCAGCUUCGAAGAGACGCAGCAGACAGGAGGCGAUGCUGCUUCUCUGGAUGACAGCCUCAUGGCGCUGCUGCUACCCGAUGGGUUGGGCGCAGCAGACGCUUCUGGCUUGCCUUCUGAUCAGCCGCCGGCCUCCAGCACGGACAACAACAGCAGCAGCAGCAGCAGCAGGGGGGGGGGGGGGGGGGACCUCCUCCCCUGUUUCUGCUGCGUCUGCGGUUCAAGGCGCGUGAUGGUGACCGGAGCACAGAGCGAGGAUGCCGCCUUGCGUGCAGCUCGUCUGCUGGUGAAGAUGCUGCAGGCGAUAUUUUGUCCGUCUUCGACUGCUGGGGGCCCCCCUUCUCGGCAGCCCGCUUUGUCAUUUCAGCAGAGAGGAGGCGAGGGGCCCCCCGAGGGAGCAGGGAGUGAGCGCGGUGGGCCUCUGGCGUUGCCGUCAGCGCCAGGGGCCCCUUCACCUGCAGAGGAUCAACUAGCUCUUGUGAAUGAUGGAAACGCCAAAGGGGUUAAAGAAGCAGAGACAGAGCCGCCUGUUGCGGCUGGUGGUGAAGGGGCUGACAAGCAAGGGGGAGAGGAGCUGUCAGUGAUUGCACCGAAGGAAACUCAUCACUUGCCUCCUCCUAUAAGCUCUCUGUCUAAGCGGAGUUUCACAAAUAUUCAACUAACAGAAUUUGCAAUCGAAAAUAUCGUCGCCACGGCCGACUGCGGCCUCCCCGUGAGACUGGAGGGUCUGGCGUUCGAUCAUAAGGAGUUCUGCAGCUACGAGCCGGAAUUGUUUGCAGGACUCGUCUAUCGCUACAACCCUACGCCUUCGUUGAAAGCAGUGUUGCUGAUCUUCGUGAGCGGCAAAGUUGUCAUCACCGGCUGCAGGACGACAGCAGAGAUUCGGGAGGUGUUUAAUUCCUUUUUUCCCGUGCUCCUCAAAUACCAUACAUAG